CUUAUCCCCAGCUCAGCUGGUGUGAGGUGGCGCAGGUGAGAAGCCGGGGGCCCCCGGAAUAUGCAAGUACCGGGGGUGGGAGGUUGGGGGCGCCUCCUCCGCGCCCUGGCAGAUCCGGGGACUGAUUCAUUAAACCGUGGGCACCGCGGUGCACCGGACGCCAGAGACGCGCUGUUUGUCCGCCUGCCUGCGGGCCAGCGGGGGUCCUGGGCAGAUCAGGAUCCACCUGGGAAGGACAACUGUGCCGGAGACCCCAGCAGCUACUACGACAAUACUUCCCGGAGGUGCUGUUUCCGCUGCCCUUUGGGGUUGUCCCCGAUGCUGCCCUGCCCGCAGGGGUCUGCUGACUGCAGGAAACAGUGCGAACCUGACUACUACCUGGACCGGGCAGGCCGCUGCACCGCCUGUGUGAGCUGUUCGCGGGAUGACCUCGUGGAGAAGACGCCGUGCUCAUGGAACUCCUCCCGUGUCUGUGAAUGUCGACCUGGCAUGUUCUGUACCACGUCAGCCACCAACUCCUGUGCCCGCUGCUCCCUCCACUCAGUCUGCCCAAGAGGAAUGAUUGUCAAGUUCCCGGGCACAGCAGAGAAGGACACUGUCUGUAAGUGGCCUUCCCCAGGGACCAGCCCUGACUGCUCCAGCCCAGAAGACUGCAAGGAGCCCAGCAGCACCAUCCUGCAGGCCAAGCCCACCCCGAUGCCCCCAGCAACCUCCAAUGCCAGGACCACACUUCUUAGAGGAGACACCUCCCUUGCCCCAGAAGAUGCUUCUAAACAGACAAGAGUUCCCAACUCUGCCUCCUCAGGCAGCCUGGCCUGGAGCUUCUCUGCUUCUUUUCCAGGGCCGUCCCCCACACUGCCGUGCCCACCAGGGUCUGCAGACUGCGGGAAGCAGUGUGAGCCCGACUACUACCUGGACGGGGCUGGCCGCUGCACCGCCUGUGUGAGCUGUGCCCGAGAUGACCUGGUGGAGAAGACGCCGUGCUCGUGGAACUCCUCCCGUGUCUGUGAAUGUCGACCUGGUAUGUUCUGUACCACAUCAGCCACCAACUCCUGUGCCCGCUGCGAGGCCCUCCCUGCCUGCACCCCAGGGAUGGUCGUCCAGGCCCAGGGUAUGGCUGAAAGGGAUACCAUCUCAGAGCCGCCUCCCCCUGGGACCCACCCUGACUGCAACACCACCCCAGAGAGCAGCGAGUUGCGUGCCAGCUCCCAUGACACCAACACCAUGGGCUCCCUAGUGGACUCCCAGACCAUCGAGGCGCUGCCCAUCCCGACAAGUGCCCCCAUCUCCCUCUCCUCCACGGGAAAGCCCAUUCUAGAUACAGGACCAGUGCUCCCAUGGGUGAUCAUGGUGCUGGUGGUGGUGUUUGGCUCUAGCUUCUUCCUCCUGUGCCACUGGAAGGCCUGCAGGAAGCGGAUUCAGCAGAAGCUCCACCUGUGCUACCCAGUCCAGACCUUCCGGCCCACGCUGGAUUCUGUGGAUGCCAGACCCAGGAGGAACCCAACGCAGCCAAAGAGGGACACGUCAUUGGCAGAGUUGGGCACAGAAGAGCUGGGAUUGCCAAGAACCCCACCUGUGGAGCCCUGCCUCAUCACGAGGACAGCCUGCCCAGAGAGCCUGCCCCUGCUGGACACCAGCCCAGCCAGGGGCCCCUCGUCCCCCAGGGACCUUCCUGAGCCCCGGGUGUCCACGGAGCACACCAAUAACAGGAUCGAGAAAAUCUACAUCAUGAAGGCUGACACAGUGAUUGUGGGGACCGUGAAGGCUGAGCUGCCUGAGGGCCAGGCCCUGGCAGGCCCGGUGAGGCCCGAGCUCGAGGAAGAACUGGAGGUGGACCAUGCCCCCCACUACCCAGAGCAGGAGACAGAGCCACCUCUGGGCAGCUGCAGGGAUGUCAUGUUCUCAGUGGAGGAGGAAGGGAAGGAGGAGCCCUUACCCAUAACCACCUCUGGGAAGUGAGGCCUGGCCUGGGCUGGGGCUCAGAGGCAAUGGGGUGCCCUCUGGGGGAGGCCAGGGUGGCACUGGUGGCACCAAGCAUGAGGGCAGAGGCCUGCCUGAACCGAGAUUCCAGCAUCUCAUGGUGGACCAGCCACCAGUGCAGGGGUUCUGGUGGUCUCUGCUUGUCUCUCCCACUUCGUUGCCCCCUGCCUCACACCUAGGGGAUCCAGGGCUUGUACAGAAGAGGCUUUCCGAAGAGACUGGAUCCUAACAACUGGGGCAACAGACUGAUGGCAGUGACUGGCGACUGCUACUGGCCCCAGAGCCCUGGGUAUCAGACACUAGCCACCAGGCCCAGUCCCACUGAGGGAGAGGCUGUGAGACAGGCUUUAGGUCUCUGACUGCACCUCCAUGGCCCCCUCUACCUGAGCCCCACAGUGAUGCUGUCCACUAGGCCACCAGCCCGCAGUUACUUAAAUGUGGUCCCCUGUAGGCACAGAGCCAGGGAUGGUGGUGGUUUCUUCUGAGUCAGAAGGGAAGUUAAAGGGCAGGGCGUCACUGGCUGGCACAGUCUCAACAGCCGCUGCUGCAUGGCACUCUGUAGGGUGAGGCCCAGCGCCCUCCUGGAGCUGUCCCCUUCCCCUGUUCCAUAGCCCCCAGGCCCAGGACCAAUGCUCUCAUCUCAGAAUGUCCCCACUGGUCCCUGAGCAGGAGGCAUCUAGGUGUGUGCAGCUGCAGUGCUCCUAUCCUGGACAGGGACUUCCUCUCCAUACGGAGAUGGAAGCUGUGGGCCUGGGGUCCUUGACUGCUCUGCGGGUGCCACUUGCUUCAUCUCAGGAAGUGAAGACGCAUCUGCCUUGGAUCCUCUGGGUUUGCAGAUCCACUGCCCCCAGCCCUGCUGCCUGGUCCUGCUGCUCUGAACCCACGAGGGUGUGGCUGUUGGGAAGCCCUAUGGUCCCACCCAGACAUCCUGCCUUAUUCUGGCCAUAGGAGACAAAGAGUACUUGGGGGUUCAAUCUGGAUUUCAGGAGUUGUACAUUUCACGCUAAGGAGUAAAGCUGCCCUGACUCUUGUUUGCUGGCCACCUCCCCAGGGCCUCCAACUGCAUAAACAAACUAGUGGCCGGUGACACAUCUGCCACAGCGGGGACUCUUGGACUUACCGUCUGGAGGCAGGCCUGGGAAAGCUGCUGUUUACUCCUGGGCCGGCUCCCAGCUUGCUAUCUGGAGGAAGUUGGGGCUGGGUCAGGAAUCACAAGGGUGCUUUCUGAAACUUCUAAGAUGUUUUGGGGAAAGUUGGAGAGACCGGAGCAUUGCAAGAGGUGGUUACACCAGAAACCAGACAUUGGCCAGAAGAAGUCUAAGUGUGAUGGAUACUAUUUGCUGAAAUCUCUUUGUGCAGGGAUGGGGGAGAGUAACUGCACCCCCACGAGCUGUGGCUGUGUGGUGCACUGAAUACCAUGCACCUGCCCUCUGGACACUGGAUAUUGACACAUUUAACAAAAUAUUCUCCUUCAUAAACUUUGGACCCUCUAAAAAUCCUUAAUAUCUUAUAAAAACAAAAAAAUUGUAAGGCUGAGGGUGGCUUAGUUUGUGGCUGAAAUUGAGAGUAUGUUAGAACAUCUGAGCAGAGGGGAGCUCCAGGAGUCUCCCCCAAAGGCAAGCAUUCCUUUUGCAGUGCCGGUGCACCCCCAGACACUGAGGCAGCCUGGAUAGUUGGACUGGCUAGUUCUGGGGAAAGGGUCCUCUAGCUUGGACAUCGCUAGAAGGCUUUCCCGGUCACUUGAGGGGAAGGGAAUUCUCCCUCCAAGUAAUUGCCACUCUUGAUCCCCGGAUACCUCCUGAGGGCACUUAGAAUAAGGCUCUUACGAUAAGGGUCCCUUCGGGUAUUUGAGGAAAGGUUUCCAGGCCUCUCCACAGCCUUCUUCCCUUUGGGAUGGGCCAAGUAGCCUUGUAGCUUUGGGAAAGGGAGUCUGAGACUCUCUGAGACCCCUGUGAGUGCCCGAGCCUUGGGAAGUGGGGAGAGGACCAAGGCUAUAAGUGAGCCUUCUGUACCUAAGCUGGGAGGGCCCAGCCUGUUGCCCUGUGCACAGUUCAGGGGCAUGUUGGGGCCAGCUCGUGCCACUGGCAGCUAGCCAAGAUGGCCCCAAUCCCCCCAGACUGUGGCUCCCGUGUGGGGUAGAGGAAACUGGGGGCCAUGACAGUCCCUGCCUGCCCCUUCCCUGGGACUCCAGACCUCCCUGUCAGCCCAGCUAUGGGACCAGCCACUGGAUGUCAUGCAGUCAGCUCAAGAGCCAGGUGAAUUGCCCUGCCCAGUGAUGCUGGGGGGUGAGGAGGGGGCUCUUGUUACCCUCUGGCCAUUCUCACACCCAGAUGGGCAGAUGGACAAGGCCCCUGCUACUCCCGAUAGCAAAUCCCAGGCUAUAAAGAAUCCUCCCCUGCACACCUCUUCCUGAACCUUUGUAAUCAGGGAGUGACAGCAAGUGAUAAGUGUCAUACGGAAGCUGUUGCCUUCCAAGAAAGACCAUUGUUUCCUAAGGCAGCUUUGUAGGUUGUAAACUCAUCAGUGGUUCUUGGAAUCUCCAAGACCUGGCGCCAGCCAGCUGCUAAAAAAGAACAAGAGGGCUGAGUUCCCUGAGCGUCUCUGGACCCUAUCCCCAAUACUGAGGUCCCAAAGAUGCAAGCCUGGGUCUUGGGCAUCUUUGUCCCUCGGUCACCAGGCACUGAUUGGCUGGGUUAAGGAGAAAUAAAAAGCUGUGCAAUGUGA